AUGUCGCCUCUACAAACAGAGCCUCCAAGUCCUCAGUCCUCGUCCUCACUAUCCAGCCCACUUUCAAGAUCCACCACAGAAGAGCUCCUAAAUGUACCCUUAAAACCCGACAAGAACGUCAAAAUAUCAGAAACCGCACUCCUGGAUCAUGAAGUCUUCUGUCGCCUCUCAAUCAGUUCUAUUUCAACAUGCGGCCCCUCUCGAGUAUAUUCCAGCUUGCAAUACACAGAACCUUCAAGACCCCAACGACUCAAGACGUCAGGUCGUCAUUUCUGGCACCGUAACUAUGGAUUGUUUCUCGUCAUCGUCUCGCAAUUGUUUGGCGCGUUGAUGAAUGCUGCAACGUGAUUGUUGGAAUUGGAGGGUGAGGGAAUGAGUCCUUUGCAAGUUCUCUUUGCGCGACAAACCUUGACCAGCGCGCUUUGUUGUCUUUGGAUGUGGUGGACGGAGAUACCUGAUUUUCCACUUGGUGCAAAGGGGGUUCGAUGGCUGUUGUUUGGUCGAGGGAUUGCUGGGUUUGUUGGGAUUUACGCAAUCUAUUGUGAGUUGUUUAUUUGUUUAUUUUCUUUUAUACCAAGAAUGGUUGUCUGGAAGUGUUUGAGACAGCGAAGAAUUGAGAUUCUCUUGAGCGCUCUUACAUUAUCCCGAACAGCAUUACACAAUUCUCGCUCAAGUCUGAAGAGAAACACCCGUGUCUUCUCUUCUUAUAUUCAAAAGCACAGCUAACGCAAACCAGACUCAAUUCUCUAUCUCCCAGUAGCCGAAGCAAUUGUCAUAACCUUCCUCGGACCAACCGUCGCAGCCUACGGAUGUUACCUCUUCCUCAAAGAGCCCUUCCCCCGUUCAGCACAAUACGCCUCACUCAUCUCGCUGCUAGGAGUAGUCAUGAUCGCACGUCCAACAUCAUUCUUCUCAUCCGACUCAAGUUCCACAUCUCUACCAUCACCAAACAACACCACCACCAACGCAACAAUCACCUCCACACCCCCCCCCGAAAGCGACUUCCCCAUCCCCACCUCCGCCCAACGUCUCUCCGCAGUAACAAUCGCCCUAAUCGGAGUCCUCGGCGGCGCCGGCGCCAUAACCACCGUCCGCCUAAUCGGGCAACGAGCCCACGCCCUACUCUCAAUAAACUACCUCGCCGUCUCCUGCAUCCUAAUCUCCAGCAUCAGUCUCCUCGCGCCCAUCGAAGGAACCCCAUCUUUCCAGCUCCCCGCCACGUUUCGACAGUGGUAUCUCCUUAUCUUCGUCGGGUUCUGCGGGUUCAUCAUGCAGCUCUUCCUCGCUACAGGUCUGGCGAUGGGUGGUAGAGGUGAGGGAGGAAGAGCGACGAAUAUGUUGUAUACCAAUAUGCUUUUUGCACUGGCGCUUGAUCGGGUGGUUUUUGGGCUGACGCCCGAGUGGUGGAGUGUAGGUGGGAGUGGGAUGAUUCUUGGGAGUGCUAUUUAUGUUGCUACGCAGAAGGGGGAGGAGGUAGAUGAAAGUGAGAUGAGCGAGGUGGGACGAGGGUUGGAUGAGGAGAUGGCGGGCAUUCAAUUGGAGAGGGGUUCUGGGACCGAAGAGGAAGCCAUGGCGUUUUUGAGUGAAGCUGGGUGUGAGGGAGAGGUGCGUGGUUUUGCGGUUUGA